CAUUAACAUAACCCUUCCUUACGAAGGGUGAGGUUUUAUAUUUUACAACAAGUUAAGACUCCGUUUCUAAAUACUGGACUCUGACUGAUAAAGUCCAAAAAUAUUAUAAGAAGAUAUUUGCUCUUUUGGCCCUAGCAAACUUAUUUUCUUGCGAAAAUGCCUACAACAAAGAAAACACUGAUGUUCUUAUCGAGCUUUUUUACAAGCCUGGGGUCUUUCGUGGUAAUUUGCUCUAUUCUUGGGACACAAGCAUGGAUCACAAGUACAAUUGCCGUUACAGACUCUGCUUCAAACGGGAGUGUUUUCCUCACUUAUGGGCUUUUUCGUGGUGAGAGUACUCAAGAAUUGAGCCAUGGACUUGCAGAAUCAGACAAAAACUUUGCAGUUUUAGGGAUAUUGAAUAAUUCUUCCCAAAGAACUCUGCACUUGGUGGCUAUCCUGUUCCUGGUCCUCAGUCUGUUCACGGCGCUGCUGAGUUCUGGGUUUACCUUCUACAACAGCAUCAGUAACCCUUAUCAGACGUUCCUGGGACCGACAGGGGUGUACACCUGGAACGGGCUCGGCGCAUCCUUCAUUUUUGUGGCCAUGAUACUGUUUGUGGGGAACACCCAGUCCAAUCAUCUCUCCGAAGAGUUGUCCCAGACACUUUAUCCAACGGUCACUAGCAAAGGAACGGCCCACAGUUACGGAUACUCAUUUUGGCUGAUACUGCUUGUCAUUUUUCUAAAUAUAGUCACCAUUGUCAUCAUCAUUUUCUACCAGAAGGCCAGAUACCAGCGGAAGCAGGAGCAGAGAAAGCCAAUGGAAUAUGCUCCGAGGGAUGGAAUUUUAUUCUGAAUUCUCUCUCGUGUGAUUUUGACAUGCUGUCUGUUCUACUGCCUGAGCGGAAACUGGUGAGUUU